AUGUUGUUAGUGUUGGUGUUGUUUACUGUUGUAUUUGGGCAACCAGAUCAACCAAAAGAUGAUCCACAAGAAGUUUUAAUACCACCAAAGGCAGUUGGUGCCUUAAAAAAACUGAUCAUCAAUUUAGAAAGUUAUAUUAAGGUGUUGACCGAUUUAUCAAACAAAUAUGUUGAGAAGUUCCAAGUUUUUUCCGUUAAUUUGUGGAAAACAGUUGAUGAAAUGAAAGAAUCAGAAGAAGAAAUGCUAGAGUUGUUAAAGGAGUUUGACACAAAAGGAAAAGUUGAAAAAGCCAAAUUGAUGAAAUGGAUAGAGUUAAUAGAAAAGGCUUACAAUUUACAAAAGACCGAAAAAGGUUAUGGAUGUUAUAUGUUCCAUUUGAAGACAAAUAUAAAUAACGUGCAAACAUCAAAAGAUUUGACAAUGAGAGAAAGGGUAUUUUUCCAGAAUGCUUUAUAUCUUAAAGUUACACUUUUGGAGAUGAAAGUAAAGUAUUUGGUUUUAUUUGCCAAAUUAUUGAAAGUUCAAAAAACACCAGAGUUUUUCAGAGCACACAACAAAUUUGCCGACUUUUUAACAACAUUAAAAGUUGUGAUGGAAGAGGGGCAUGAAAGUUCUACAGAAAAGAAAUAUCUUUUGCCAAAAUCACAAGAUGUUCCUAAAGUAGAACAGCCGCCAACGAAAAAGGCACCUCGGAAGUCACUUGCAGAAAUGAUAGCUGAACAGCGGUUUAUGAUGACCGAAAAAGGCAAAGACAUCAAAUUGCCAUUGUUGCCACCUUUAAGACCAAAAACACCAAAACCAACAGAAGAACAAGCACUUGCUCAAGGCGCAAAACCAAAAGUGCAACAACAAAAACAAGAAGAAGAAAAACAACAUCAAAAAGUCGAAUUAAAGCCAACUACUCACCAAGAAAGAAAAGCACUGAUUAAACAACAGAGAGAAAGAGGAAGAUAUGUACAACAAGCUACUGCUACAAAACCAACACCGGGAACUCCACAAACACCACACGUUGCAGAACAAACAUUGAUAAGACCAAUUCCUCAAAUAUUACAGCCUCCUCACUUCAUCACUCCUGUGGCGAAGCCAAUAAUUACUUCAAAAAUUGUUAAAGAGAGGUUUACAAUCCCACCUUAUAAACAUAAACCAACUCCUCAAGUACAUAGUGAACCCACAUCAACUCAAACAGGAAGUGCGAUUCAGGGAACACCAAUUCAACACCCAGAACAACCAACUGUCCAACAACAAGGUGCUCAACCAACAGAACAUUCAUCUCAAAGUCCAACUACAACACCAGUGCAAGAAACUCAUCCACAACAACCAAAGGAACCUCAACACAAACAAGAGCAAAAAAGAAGUUAA